AUUAAAAACCAAUUAACCAACGUUAAAAUAAAGCUAUCUAUAAAGAGAUCUCAUCUAUAAAUGCAUACACAAAGCAUUCGUCAUAAACCACACUCAAUUCAAACUCUAGAAAGAAUACUUUUAACAAUGGCUUCUCCUUCUUCAAACAAGCUUGUGUUCUUAGCUUUCCUUCUCCUGUUCGUAUUCUCAAACAAUCUUGUAGCUGGAAAACCCCAGAAAGUGAAACUCAAUCUUUACUACGAAUCACUUUGUCCAUACAGUCAGAAAUUCAUAAACGAUGAUCUGGUGAAACUCUUUGAGUCCGAUCUCCACAGGAUCACCGAUCUCAAGCUCGUUCCAUUCGGUAACGGAAAAGUCUCUGAUAACCUAACUGUCACUUGCCAGCAUGGUGAAGAGGAAUGUAAACUAAACGCCAUUGGAGCUUGCGCCAUAAAAACUUGGCCCAAUCCGAAAAUGCACUACUGGUUCAUAAGGUGCGUUGAAAAGGACACGAAAAACUGGGAAUCAUCAUGUUUUAAAACAUAUGGUGGUGAGAAAGCCAUAAGAGAUUGUUACUCCAGUGAUUUCUCUAAAAAACUUAUACUUGGUUAUGCAAAGCAGACUUUGAAUUUGAUGCCGAAGAAAGAAUACGUCCCAUGGGUCACAGUGAACGGCAAGCCACUCUAUGAAAAUUAUGAAGAUUUUGUGGCCCAAAUCUGCAAAGCGUACCAAGGAAAGGCUCCUCUCCCAAAAGUUUGCAAUUCUUCUGCCUCGGCAAAGAAGAAAGUGUUGAAGCUUCAAGUCUCGUAUGGUGAAGCUUUCCAUCACUGAAAAAGUACUUAUUUAACUAUGUUGGAUUUAAGCUUAUGUUUUAGGCUGAGAGUGAUUAAUAAAAUAAUAUUUGUACGACCCAUCAUCCCCUUGAUCAACACAGCAACCUCAACUAUAUAUAGUCAUUCCAAAACCCAACAUUCUAAUAAUUUUAGUGUAAAAAUCAUUCAAAACUAUCUUAUUUCAAAACAAAAUCCAAACAAAAAUCAAACCAGAAUCUUAGACAACUCCCGUAACUCCUAGAUCGUACCGGAAAAAAUGAGCAGUGGGUAAAUUGAAUUACUAGAUGAGGACAUGUUCAAGGAACUCACAGUUCUUCUCAAACCAAGCAACACAGCAGCAAAAUAAUCAUAAUCUAAUAUCAUCCUACGAAGAAUCAAUCAAUCUAUACUUCUAUACCUACCCGUUUGUGGCUUGGUGUCUCAACCAAUGUUUUCCAUCAUGCACCCACAUGCGUCGUGGCCCCUUGGCUCAUCUGAUACUGUCCACCCCACAGUCACCAUAGUCAUUUAUGCUCAUGCAUGGUAUGACAUAAACUUAACAUGCCCAAACCCGACACCACAUCAUCAUCCACGACCACACGAUGUCACAUUCUUCAAUAUCUCAUUAUCACAUUCCUCAAUAUCACAAAACCGGUUUACCUUUUGACAACCUAUCACAAUAUAUGUGCUUCAUCACAUUAACACAAAUCAACAACUAUAUCUAGAGCAUAUUAUCACAACAACAUAAUUCAACAAUAAGAUAUAGUUUAACGUUAACGAUGUACUAACACACCAAAUCAUUACAAAAGAAAA